AUGACCACCACAAACUCGAAACCGCAAACAGCGCCCAGAAUAAAAGGAUUGGAUAUCCCAACCUUCACAGAUCCACACGACAAACGGGCGUGGAUGCUCCAACACAUGGCAGGCGUCCUUCGCGUCUUCGGCAGAAAAGGAUUCAACGAAGGUUGUGCUGGCCAUGUUACCAUUGUUGAUCCUGUCGAUCCCUCAUCUUACUGGAUAAAUCCUUUAGGCGUCCAUUUCUCCAUGAUCAGUGCAAGCGAUCUUGUUCAGGUAAGUUCUGAGGGGAAAGCAAUCGGAGGAAGCAUGGCGGCGUUCAACGAGCCAGGCUUCAAAGUUCAUUCUGCAUUACACAAGGCUAGACCUGAUGUAGAAGCAAUUUGUCAUGCUCACUCUUUCUAUGCCAGAACCUACUCAGUGUUUGGCACCGAGCCUGAGAUGAUGUCGCAAGAUAGUUGUUUAGUCCAUAAUAACGUUGCCAUCUUGGAUUCAUACGACGGCGUGGGACUUGAUGAAGUGGAGGGUGAGAAGGUGGCCGCUGCGCUUGGCGAUAAGAUGGCAGUAAUUCUUCAAAACCACGGUGUCAUGACGUUUGGGAAGACCGUCGACGAGGCCGGAUAUUUGCACAUACUUCUUGAAAACAUGUGCAAGGCUCAAAUACUUGCAAAUGCGGCAGCAAAUUUCCCCGGUGCCUCGAAACGAGUUAUAUCGGAUAAAAUUGCCAAGAGCGCAUUCAACACCAUAUCGAAUCCCAAGAGCUUAUACGCCUCAAUGCAGCCUGACUACGAAUUGGAAAUAUAUCUCACGAACGGAGCUCUCCUGAACUAG